AAUUCGAAUGCAACCUUUGCUUGGAAAUGCACCACCUUCAUUCCUCUGUUCAAAAAAUUUUCAUCUUUCUUUAGAUUCUUUGAGUUUUUUCUUCAUCGGCGUGUUUCUCUCUUUCUAAUAUCUUUUCCUUCAAAUUUUGAGGUCUUUUUUUGAGAAGCCAAAUCUUAUUUGUAAAGAUGGUGAAAACGGCCACUUCUCAAACUUCUUCUCCGGUGACGAUAACGGUUUCGUCAGGAGGCAAAGAAACUGGGAGUAGAAGUAUGGGCUUGACUAGCCCAGUUCCACGUGCUUCAAUUGUGAACAACCCAAAUUCCCCUAGUCCUCUCGGUAGCAGAGGAAAUAGAAGGGCUUCAAGUGGAGGAAGAUAUUGUUCGAUGUCGAAAGAUGAACCCAUUGAAGAGAUAAAUUCGGAAUUCGUUAGCUACACAGUCCAUAUACCUCCAACUCCUGACCACCAAUCCAUCUCAGCCUCUCAAACAAGCCUUAGUGAGGAUGGGAAAGAUGGGCUGAAGCUGAAGCCUGAGAGGAGUUUCAUUUCGGGUACUAUUUUCACAGGAGGGUACAAUUCGGUCACUCGUGGCCAUGUCAUUGAUUGUUCCUUGGAAAGACCUGAGACACUGAAAUCGGGCUUGGUUUGUGGGAUGAAAGGGUGUGAUGAGAAAGCAAUUCAAGGAAAAUGUGAAUGUGGGUUUAAAAUUUGUACAGACUGUUACCUGGAUUGCGUGGGGAGUGGUGGAGGUCAUUGCCCUGGGUGUAAAGAGCCUUACAAGGAUGUUAGUGAUGGUGAUGAUGACGAAGAUGAGGUUAGGUCUGAAGCAGAAGAUCAGGCUUUGCCUUUGCCUUCAAUGGCUGAUUUCAAGUUGGAUAAAAGGCUUUCACUUGUGAAAUCAUUUAAAGGGCAGAAUCAUCCACCAGAUUUUGAUCAUACGAGGUGGUUGUUUGAGACUAAAGGGACUUACGGAUAUGGAAAUGCGGUGUGGCCUAAAGAUGGAUAUGGGGUUGGAUCAGGUGCUAAUGGGUUCGAGCAUCCACCUGAUUUUGGAGAGAGAAGUAAGAGGCCUUUGACUAGGAAGGUUGGAGUUUCCGCAGCAAUUCUUAGUCCAUACAGACUGCUUAUUAUACUACGUCUUGUUGCCCUGGGUUUCUUUCUUACAUGGAGAAUUAGGCACCCUAACCGUGAUGCAAUGUGGCUAUGGGGAAUGUCCAUAACCUGUGAGCUCUGGUUUGCCUUUUCAUGGCUUCUAGAUCAGCUUCCUAAGCUCUGUCCUGUAAACAGAUUAACUGACCUCUCUGUUCUGAAGGAGCGUUUUGAGUCUCCAAACCUUCGUAACCCAAAAGGAAGAUCAGACCUUCCAGGUAUUGAUGUUUUUGUUUCCACGGCUGACCCUGAAAAGGAACCCCCGCUGGUCACAGCAAACACUAUCCUUUCAAUCCUAGCUGUUGACUAUCCAGUGGAAAAGCUUGCUUGUUAUCUCUCAGAUGAUGGUGGUUCUCUUCUGACAUUUGAAGCUUUAGCUGAGACUGCUAGCUUCGCUAGAAUUUGGGUUCCUUUUUGCCGGAAACAUAAUAUAGAACCUCGAAAUCCUGAGGCAUAUUUUGGACAGAAGCGUGAUUUUCUGAAGAACAAAGUGAGGCUUGAUUUCGUUAGGGAGAGAAGGAGGGUGAAGAGAGAAUAUGAUGAAUUUAAGGUGAGGAUUAACUCAUUGCCUGAGUCAAUUAGGAGGCGAUCAGAUGCUUAUAAUGCCCAUGAAGAGCUUCGAGCUAAAAAGAAACAGAUGGAAAUGGGAGGCAAUCUUUCAGACCCUAUGAAACUUCCUAAGGCCACUUGGAUGUCAGACGGUUCUCACUGGCCUGGAACUUGGGCUUCUGCAGAGCCAGACCAUUCAAAGGGAGAUCAUGCUGGGAUUAUUCAGGCAAUGCUCGCCCCACCAAAUGCAGAACCAGUUUAUGGUUCAGAAGCAGAUGGAGAUAACUUGAUUGACACAACAGAAGUUGAUACAAGGUUGCCUAUGCUGGUUUAUGUGUCUCGUGAGAAAAGGCCAGGUUAUGAUCACAACAAGAAAGCGGGAGCCAUGAAUGCGCUGGUUCGAACCAGUGCUAUAAUGUCAAAUGGGCCAUUCAUCCUCAAUCUUGACUGUGAUCACUACAUUUACAAUUCUUUGGCUCUAAGGGAAGGUAUGUGCUUUAUGCUUGAUAGAGGUGGUGACAGGAUCUGUUAUGUUCAAUUCCCACAAAGGUUUGAGGGGAUUGACCCAAAUGACCGGUAUGCAAAUCAUAAUACCGUGUUCUUUGAUGUGAGCAUGAGAGCUCUUGAUGGGUUACAAGGUCCAAUGUAUGUGGGCACAGGCUGCGUUUUCAGGAGAACUGCUCUCUAUGGAUUUAGUCCUCCUAGAGCCACUGAACAUCAUGGGUGGUUUGGUAGAAGGAAAAUCAAGUUAUUUUUGAGGAAACCCAAGGUGACAAAGAAAGCAGAAGAUGAGAUAGUAUUGCCUAUUAAUGGGGAACACAAUGAUGAUGAUGAUGCAGAUAUUGAAUCUUUGCUUCUUCCGAAAAGGUUUGGAAACUCUACUUCUCUUGCUGCAUCAAUCCCAGUUGCUGAAUACCAAGGAAGGCUGCUUCAGGAUUUGCAAGGAAAGGGAAACCAAGGCAGGCCAGCAGGUUCUCUUGCAGUUCCACGUGAGCCUUUGGAUGCUGCAACUGUUGCGGAGGCAAUAAGUGCUAUCUCUUGCUUCUAUGAGGAUAGAACUGAGUGGGGAAAACGAGUAGGAUGGAUAUAUGGCUCUGUCACAGAAGAUGUGGUGACUGGUUAUAGAAUGCACAAUCGUGGAUGGAGAUCAGUCUACUGUGUAACCAAGAGGGAUGCAUUCCGAGGGACUGCUCCAAUCAAUUUAACAGACAGGCUGCACCAAGUUCUUCGCUGGGCAACUGGUUCUGUUGAGAUAUUCUUCUCGAGGAACAAUGCACUAUUCGCUAGUCGUCGAAUGAAAUUCUUACAAAGAAUAGCAUAUUUCAAUGUGGGAAUGUACCCUUUCACCUCUAUGUUUCUCCUAGUCUACUGCAUUCUACCUGCAGUUUCUCUAUUCUCUGGGCAGUUCAUAGUGCAAUCUCUCAGCGUGACCUUCCUGAUAUUCUUGUUGACCAUCACAAUCACAUUAUGCCUGCUUGCUAUCCUUGAAAUCAAAUGGUCAGGAAUCACUAUUCAUGAUUGGUGGCGAAAUGAACAGUUCUGGUUGAUUGGUGGGACCAGUGCCCAUCCUGCAGCUGUUCUACAAGGACUCUUAAAGGUUAUAGCAGGAGUUGACAUCUCCUUUACAUUAACUUCUAAAUCAGCCACCCCAGAUGAUGGAGAUGAUGAAUUUGCCGAGCUAUAUGUUGUAAAAUGGAGCUUCCUAAUGGUUCCUCCAAUCACAAUAAUGAUGGUAAACUCGAUUGCCAUCGCAGUGGGUGUAGCAAGAACCAUGUACAGCCCCUUUCCACAGUGGAGCAAGCUUUUUGGAGGGGUGUUCUUCAGCCUCUGGGUCCUGUGCCAUCUCUAUCCAUUUGCAAAGGGUUUGAUGGGAAGGAGGGGAAAAGUUCCAACCAUUGUUUUUGUGUGGUCUGGCUUGCUCUCCAUCAUUAUUUCCUUGCUUUGGGUGUAUAUAAGUCCUCCAACUGGAAGGCAGGAUUACAUGAGGUUCCAGUUUCCUUGAUAUAUUUCUGUUAUAGCUGCAGUUGUGCAAAUGCAGCAACACAAAAGGCGUGAAGUUUCUCAACUUCAUUUUGUAGCAUUUAUUUUCUCUGCCUUUUCAUAUUGAAUGUAAUUUGGUUUGUGAUUUGUUACUUUUGAUACUUUUUUAUUCGUAUGUAAUGUAAUGUAUCUAAAUUCUAAGUACAGCUUUGUUGUUUGUUCAAA